UGCAAGGGAGAUGCUUCGUCCUGGUGGUGGAUAUAUGAUGACAUGACAUGCUCUCUUGGCUCCAAGCUCGUCGACCCGGGCCGCCCCGCCACUGCAUUCCUUUCAAUUGGAGGUGAGUCGUUGUGAACCUCUCACCUCACAUCACCUCAGCCUGCGAAAAUCGGUACAACACACAAGUGUCCUACAUAUUUCGCAAUGCCGGCGGCGUUUACCACGGCCAUCACGAUACUGGAUCACAAGCAGUGAGGGCCGCUGACGACGGCGACGUCCCCGCUGCCCAGCGACCAAAAUGCGCCUUUCAUCAUGAGCCCUCCUGGACCAAGUACACCGACGCCGCGUCGUUUCCUCCUGUCCAAGCGCAAUCAGCAACAGAGCACCGCGGGUUUCCAGUCCACGCCUCGAUUCCAGGCCCCGUCCUCCUCAGCGCGAGCAGCCCCCGCCACGUCUGUGCAGCGUCCGCCGUCCACGGCCAGUGCAGUUCAUGACGCGCGAAACGUGGCGCCUCUGAAGUUGGCGCUCCCCCAGGGUAAACAGCGAGGUGUGGAAGACGUCGACGAUGAAGACGAGCGUGUCGAGGUGAGCUCUGUGGAGCAAAGUGAGAGGGAUGAGGUUGAGGAGGAUGCCAUUGAGGCGUCGAGCUCUCCUCGUUCGCAUGUCGAGGAGCCUGGUAACGCCCGGAUGGAGGAUGACGAUCUAGAUGGGAGCGAUCCAGAUGAUGGCCGCGUCGACGAUGUUACACGAUCCGACGCUGUCAGCGAGGAGGGGGACGACGACGACAAUGACGAAGCAUCGUCGAGUUCUCCAUCCAUGGAACGAGACACCAAGAGGCGAAAGUUAUCCAUCACACCUCUUCCUGCUUUCAGUCCACCGUCGAUACAGCAACAGGAUGAAGCAACGAGCACCGACUCAGACCUCAACGAGAACCAGGAACCCUCCUCGGGGGCCGAGUCGUCGUCCUCCGCCGGCUCCCCCUCCAGAAGAGACGCGCAGCAACCGACAUUUCGACGUGUCCCGCGCUUCAAGCCCCUUGAUCCUGAUCUCGCCACGCCGGGUCUCCCAGCCGCCUUCUCCCCUCAGAGGCGCGGCGCACGGUACCUGACGGGUGGACUCGCCGCCGAGGUCCAGUCCAUGCUGUCGGCGAUCAAGUCCGAGGACCAGGAACUCGCCACUUCCUCCUCUUGCACCACGAUCCGGGUGGAGGAGGUACGCGCGGGUCGAAGGAUGUACCUCGUCCGCGAUGAGCACGGUAGGAGAAUCGUGCUCGCGGGCGAGGGGAAGCUGACGGGUCUGGGCAGACGCGCGCCCGUUGCGCAGGGGAGCGUCGUGGACGUGGGACGGUUGGGCUGGAGUGUUGACAUGGAGGGGGAGAGGUGGGAGGUGCACUGUGACUGGAGUAUGGUGGUCUAGUCUAGUCUGGGUCGAUAUUUGUUGUCAGUCGUGAGCUCCCCCUGGUCUGGCCGGAUCGUGGCGUCUUCUGGCUGCAGCUUCGUCUCGACACGGGUGCUACAGACGUGUCAACGUUGGCAUUGCCUCAUGGAGCAUGCGUCAGGCUGUUGGGGUUAGAUAUACUUGCCUGAUUUAAAAGACACAUGGGUCGGCGCUACAUCUUUACGAAUCCAUCGACUUGAUCUGUCACGCACUUGUCUGUGGUCUCUGGCUACCCUGUGCCAUGGCUGGUUGGUGGUCCAUUGCAAACUCUGGCUGGCAGCACUCUGCCUAGAAGAUUCACAAUGAAUACAGAAUUUGACUUCUUAAUGACCUACCAUUUUCUAUGUCGUGAAUCAGUGUAUCACACAUUGCUGGUUAC